AUGGCGCACUAUGGCUCGCAUCUACCCAACGAUAAGGGAGGUUCUGUCGCAUCGUGGCAGCCGGUGCGGUCGCUGGCGCUCGCGGUCCACGUUGAGUCGCAGUGCCAGCAUGCGUGCUCCGCGCGCGGCAUGCUGGCCAUGGCCAGCAUGGGGAAGAUGAGCGUCGGGGACCUCACGGAGGCCGACCUCAAGGGGAAGCGCGUCUUCGUGUGCGCCAAGCUCCACGAGCCACCCGACGAGAACCAGAACAGCACCAAUGACAUACUCCCCACUUCGUGCAACACUGUCGUGGACGUCGUGAAGCGGUGCCAACGCCUGUUUCUGCUCGCGGACUCGACCGGCGCGUUCGACGCUACCGUGGCGGUGCGGGUGACCCAGAUGGUCAUGUCGUCGCCGACCGAGAACGCAACACCCACAGGCUCCUCACAGGAGAGCACGGCGUGUUGGUUCUCGUGCAACAACAAGAGCAGCAAGCAACUGCAGCAUGGCGGGCCGUUGUUGGAUGGGUCGUCGUUGGCCAAGCGGCAGCAGCCAAGGGUGAUGCUAGUGUGUCGAGCGAUCACGGGAAGGGUGAAGCGGCCCAAAGAAGAGGAGCAGGCGGCGGUCGUCGCCGACAUCGAGGGCAAGGAGGAGUACGACUCAGUGACGAGGUUGACCAGGGUGAACUGUCGUUCUGAUUUCAUCAUCUGGAGGAGUCUGUUCGACGCGUGCUGCAGGCUGUGCAAGUUGUUCAACUGCCAGGAGCUCAAGCUCAUAGACAGCCAAUCUACAUUGACCUUGAUUGAUGCUCAAGUGGUGUUUGAGGAAAUGCAGCAAAGUGCUACCUCGGUUGGUGUCCCGCAGGAUGCCUUCAACACGUUCUGCACCAAGACUGGUUCCAGCAAGCAGAUGGCCAGAGCCAUCUUUGUCGACCCUGAGCAUGGUCUGUACCCCCAGCUCUUCCACCCAGAGCAGCUCAUCUCAGGGAAGGAGGACACAACUAACAACUUCUCCCGUGGCUACUACACUAUUGGAAAGGGAAUGGUGCUGGUAGCUAACAACUUUGGUGAUGACCUCCCUGCUCGCCGUAGUGAGAUCAAGCAACCAUGGCCUCCACCUCAGGAGUUGUCAUGCUUGGAUUUGAACAUUAUGGUCGUCUCUGUGUUCCUUGCUACCAGUGACCUACAUGCAAUGACCUACAUAUAUGCUCUCUCUAGGAAAAGGCCAACUCAGUCUUUGUUUGGGAUCCCGGUGGUGUUGCGAACAACAGCUUGGGGGCAAGCUGCAUCUCAAAGAGAGGGAAAUGUCAGGUACCCGGCCCAUAUGGUGUUCGCCGGCUCAAUUAGCUGA